AUGGCAGUGCGGGCAAUGCUGCGCUUCCAGUCACCUGUGUACCCGCGGAACAGCCGGGGGAAGAGCGGCAAGCCGGCCGCCUACUGUGCGGAGCUGGUCAGGAAACGGGACUAUGAAGGAUUUUUAUGUACAUUGCUGUUGCCUCCAGAAUCCCAAAAUUCUGUGUUGGCUCUGCGGGCCUUUAAUGUAGAACUGUCACAUGCUGUGCAGAGACACAAACUGACAAAGCGAUGGCUGACAAGAAUCAUCGAUGACAGAGAAAAGAAUCUAGAUGAUAGAGCAUAUCGAAACAUUAAAGAGCUGGAAACAUACGCAGAGAACACACAGAGCUCCUUGCUGUACCUGACCUUGGAAACACUCGAUAUUAAAGAUGUUCACGCGGACCAUGCUGCCAGUCACGUUGGCAAAGCACAGGGUAUUGUCACAUGUUUGAGAGCCGUUCCUUUUCACAGCAGCCGGCGGCAGGUAUUCCUGCCUGUUGACAUCUGCAUUCUGGAGGAUUCCCCCUCUUUUGAUCUGAAGUUAUACUAG